GGGCGGGUCCUGGGGGAGAUCUCCAGCGUUGGGCCUCCGGAGGCGUGGGGCCACCUCGUGGGGACGCGGCGCAGCCCCUCUGAAGAGUCAGCAAAGGAUCUCCUGCUGGACUGUAGUCGCUGGCUUUGGGGUCAAAGCAACGGGAACAUCAGCAGGGAAGACUCAGAGUUGCAUCUCUAAGAAGUAUAAUGCGAAGUAUAUUUUGAGGAAGACCAGGAUUUUAGGGGAGAAGUUAAUUAAAGAAGGUGGAAACACACUUGUCUCUUUCUGCAGAGGUACAGGAGCGUGAGUGCAGAGACUUGGGAGAGCGAUGGACCAGAGCAAUCUCCAAGCCUUGGGGCUUCAAGGGAAUUGGCUAGGAAGAGGAAAUAAAAAGGACUCGGGUCUGAUGGCAGGGAAGCCGAGCCCUGACAGAAGCGCUUUCCUUGUGUAUUUACACUGAAGUUCCAAGAGAGGGACUUAGAAUUCUUUGUUUCGGUGCUCCAAAGGUACCAGUAAGAAACAAACCAAACCGAAGAAUAAGAUUCUGUUUGCUCUCCUUAGCUUAGGGAUUAAGGUUCUGGGAAAAGCAAUUGGAAACUGAAUAUGGAGAAGAAGCGUAGAUAAAAAGACUGCUAGCUACUUUGGGACAAUUUGCGAUGAUGGCCUGAGCCAAGUACCUCAUUUGAAGGGAUAACCUUCCGCUUUAAGGAACAUAAUGCUGAAGAAGCUAUGGCAGGUGAUUGGAGUUGUGCUUCAUACAUUUCAGCAGUUCAGCAGUGUUUUAUCUGCCAACUAAGCUUUUUACUUGAGUGCACCAUGGAGACGCUACUAAUGAGACUUGUUGAGCACAAAAGUGGACUUGAAGAGCCAGAAGCCACUGUUUUCCAAUGAAGGAUUCCAAACAGUUUUAAGCCUCAGUGCUUUUAAAUCACCAGAGAUUCCCUCCCUGCCCCUAAAAUCAAAAUGGCAAGCAGACGAAAAUCAACAACACCUUGCAUGGUCCUUGCCAGUGAGCAGGAUCCAGAUCUUGAGUUGAUAUCGGAUUUGGAAGAAGGCCCUCCCGUCCUUACACCCGUAGAAAAUGCUAGAGCAGAGAGUGUCUCCAGCGAUGAAGAAGUUCAUGAAUCUGUGGAUUCUGACAAUCAGCAAAAUAAGAAAGUGGAAGGGGGCUAUGAAUGUAAAUACUGUACUUUUCAAACUCCAGAUCUAAAUAUGUUUACUUUCCAUGUAGAUUCAGAACAUCCCAAUGUUGUGCUGAAUUCAUCCUAUGUUUGUGUUGAAUGCAAUUUUCUUACCAAAAGGUAUGAUGCACUUUCUGAGCAUAAUCUGAAAUACCACCCAGGAGAAGAAAAUUUCAAACUGACUAUGGUGAAGCGGAAUAACCAGACAAUCUUUGAACAGACAAUAAAUGAUCUGACUUUUGAUGGCAGUUUUGUUAAAGAGGAGAAUACAGAACAAGGAGAAUCCAUAGAUGUUUCUUCUUCGGGAAUCUCCAUUAGUAAAACUCCCAUUAUGAAAAUGAUGAAAAAUAAGGUAGAAAACAAACGGAUUACAGUUCACCAUAACUCAGCUGAGGGCACUUCUGAAGAGAAAGAGAAUGGAGUAAAAGCAAGCCGGGAAGAAAAUGCAGAAAGUACGAGUUCUUCAGCUUCAGAAUCCAACACAAGUACUUCCACUGUCAACCGAGUACAUCCCAGUCCUGCAGGCACAGUGGUGACCCCCACAGCUGUUCUUCCUGGGCUAGCACAGGUGAUAACUGCAGUGUCCGCUCAACAGAACUCAAACUUGGUCCCUAAGGUCUUAAUCCCUGUUAAUAGCAUUCCAACCUACAAUGCUGCAUUGGAUAACAAUCCUCUUCUACUUAACACCUACAACAAAUUCCCUUAUCCUACAAUGUCAGAAAUUACAGUUCUUUCUGCUCAAGCAAAAUAUACAGAGGAACAGAUCAAGAUCUGGUUUUCAGCCCAACGUUUAAAGCAUGGGGUUAGUUGGACUCCUGAAGAAGUAGAGGAGGCAAGAAGAAAACAAUUCAAUGGAACAGUGCAUACUGUACCUCAGACCAUAACUGUUAUUCCUACACACAUUUCCACGGGGAGUAAUGGGUUACCAUCUAUUUUACAGACAUGCCAAAUAGUUGGUCAGCCAGGUCUGGUCCUUACUCAAGUAGCUGGAGCAAACACCUUGCCAGUAACGGCUCCCAUUGCCCUGACAGUGGCAGGGGUUCCAAAUCAAACAAAUGUACAAAAGAGUCAAGUGCCUGCUGCUCAGCCUGCUGCAGAAACAAAGCCAGCCACAGCAGCAGUUCCAUCAUCACCAAGUGUCAGGCCUGAAGCUGCACUAGUGAACCCAGAUUCAUUUGGUAUUCGGGCCAAAAAAACUAAGGAACAGCUGGCAGAACUGAAAGUUAGCUACCUUAAAAACCAGUUUCCCCACGACUCAGAGAUCAUCAGGCUUAUGAAAAUAACAGGCCUUACUAAAGGCGAGAUUAAAAAAUGGUUUAGUGAUACAAGGUACAACCAGAGAAAUUCAAAGAGUAACCAGUGCUUACAUCUCAAUAACGACUCCUCUGCCACUAUCAUCAUAGACUCCAGUGAUGAAACCCCAGAACCCCCAGCUGCAGCUGCGUCACAGCAGAAACAGUCCUGGAAUCCCUUUCCUGACUUUGCUCCCCAGAAGUUUAAAGAGAAAACUGCAGAGCAACUUCGUGUCCUUCAGGCAAGUUUUCUCAACAGUUCUGUACUUACAGAUGAAGAAUUAAAUAGAUUAAGAGCGCAAACCAAACUUACUAGAAGAGAAAUUGAUGCUUGGUUUACAGAGAAAAAUAAAACAAAAGCUUUAAAGGAUGAGAAAGUAGAAGUAGAUGAAAGUAAUGUAGGUAGUUCCAAAGAAGAACCUGGAGAAAAUUCUCCUGGAGACGAAGCCGUUGCACCUAAGUCAGCAGGGACAGGCAAGAUAUGUAAGAAGACACCAGAGCAACUGCACAUGCUUAAAAGUGCAUUUGUCCGAACACAGUGGCCGUCACCAGAAGAGUAUGACAAGCUGGCUGAAGAAAGUGGGCUUGCCAGAACAGACAUAGUUAGUUGGUUUGGAGAUACCCGUUAUGCUUGGAAGAAUGGGAACUUGAAAUGGUACUACUACUAUCAAAGCUCCAAUUCAAGUAGUUUGAAUGGUCUGUCCUCCCUUAGGAAAAGAGGGAGGGGCAGACCCAAAGGACGAGGCAGAGGCAGACCACGUGGGCGGCCCAGAGGAGGAAAAAGAAUGAACACCUGGGACAGGGUACCAUCGCUCAUAAAGUUUAAAACUGGAACAGCAAUACUUAAAGAUUAUUACCUGAAGCACAAAUUUCUUAAUGAGCAAGACCUUGAUGAACUUGUCAACAGAUCACACAUGGGUUACGAGCAGGUCAGAGAGUGGUUUGCAGAAAGACAAAGAAGAUCUGAGUUAGGUAUAGAAUUAUUUGAGGAAAAUGAGGAGGAAGAUGAGGUUAUUGAUGAUCAGGAAGAAGAUGAAGAAGAAACAGAUGAUAGUGACACUUGGGAACCCCCACGACAUGUGAAGCGGAAGCUUUCUAAAUCGGAUGACUGAAAUCUACUUAAAAUUCUGAAGGAGAAUAAGUUCUUCAAUUCAAGAUGUCUGAAUUACUGUGAAUGGGCCCAACCAAUCCUUGAUGACACUGAGAAUGCUUUGGGGCAUACAUACUUUCAAAACAGAAUCCAAUAUCCAAAAGAAAUGGAGCUCGAUGUUGUGCCAAAGUCAAACUGCUGCAGUCGGGGGCGGUUCUGCAAUGUAAAUAGAGCGCUAAUUAAAACAAACAGACUGUAAAAGUGAAAUUUAAUACAGUACACUUUUAUUCUGACAGGAUGCAAACCUUGUGAAUCUUUGACUUUCUAAGGGGUUAAUGACCACUAGAGCUUGUCCUCACCUCGACUCCAGCAUACAGCUCUGUAAGACGGGCUGUAUUACCUGUAUUCUUUGACAUGUGAUUAAGCUUACAGCUUUGAGUGACCAAACAUUUUACAGAGUAAAAGUUGUUAGAAAUGGGAGAGGAGAACCAAACCCUACUUUCUGUGUCUUAUUUUUCAGGCCCUCACCAAAAUUAAAAGUUAUACAUGGGCUUACACAGUUUGCAGUGUAAAAGCAGCCUGUGCCUGUUAUGUUAGGACAGAAAGACCUGUGGCUUGCUGGCCUUUAUGACGAGACCCUCCACUGAACACUCAUAUAAACCAGUUUCUACUUGUGCACUUGUGCGGCUUCUCUUUGUCAGAAUCCGAUUUGCUUUUUACUAAGCUGAAGAUACUACCCCAGCAGGAGAAGGAACUCAGUAGGGAACACUCUAAACAUGUUCCAAACAUGUGAGAGUCCAUAGUGAAAUACAUGUGGUGUGUUCUCACGGGCGUGGGACUCAGGAAGGCCAGACAGUCUCAGGUGGGAUUUUGCAGGAAUUACCUUUUCAUGAAGUUGUACCUUAUGUAACAAUUUCAGUGAACAGAGGGGAAAAAAAAUUGGAACCUAGCAAGUUAAAAAUUUCCUUUUGAUGUAAGAAUCAGGGCGUGUUAGCGGUAACUGUGCUGCAGCAGAAGACAGAGUUCCUACUGACUUGUAACAGACUGGUGCUGACGUUCGUGUGGGAAGGACCCUUUCUGUUGUGUUCAUAGGACCACUUUUCAAACUGUGCUUUCCUCACAGAACAAAAUUUUUAGUUUUAUUUGAUUUGGAUUUAAAAUUUUUUUGAAUGAUCACACAUAGUGGGUUUGGCCAGUUCAUCUUUUUCUAACUUAAUGAAUAAUAAAUACUGAGCUCUUGGUUUAAUGUUUGUCAGCUAAUGAGAGAUGUUAUGAAAAAGCCUUGAAUAUGCAUGCUGCUUUCAUUUUUAUAAACUUUUUAUUUUUUAACUAUAGCUUUAUUAGCAAUUCCCAAAUGCUGCAAUUUGCUGAUUUCUUCACUCAGACAGCUGGCUUUGUGGGCGGCUUUUUCAUACUACUGUUAACUUUUUGAAAAAGAAGUGAUGUAAAGACUGUAACAAUUGAAUGCACUAAGCUGUUUUUCUUUUACACAUUUAAAAACUUCUUAAAGUACUCUGUAUUAUAAUGAUUAAAUUGCUCCCUUUUUAAAACCAUUGCUAAUGUGGUCUGAGUUUUAUUUGACAGUAAUUUUAAUGUUCUCAAGAUCCAAUCCUUGAAAUGUCAAGGAUUGGAGAUGAAGGAUUUGAAUAUAUUUACAUUACGUUUCUUUUGUGCUAUGCUAACUUUGUAUAGCUGCAAAUAACUUCGUGAUUUUCCCAUCUCUCUGGUAGGCUGGGUGAAAGUCUGCUCUGAUGUUUGCUAGCUUUUAAAUAAAUUUAUUUGACAGUGCGAAAGAGCCUUUUUUCCUGGUUGACUGUGUCUUUGAAUACAAAAUAAAAGUUAGCAAUAAUGAG